AUCUUUCACUAUUCCUCAAAACACUCACUAUUUGAAAUUUCUCCUUUUCUUUUCAGUUUUCAGGUAAAAUAAUGAAACCAUCAAGAAGCCAACAGGGCCGACUAAAGUUCCAUAUGUGAGUCAUGUUCCUUAACUUCUUAGCUUAUCUUUUUACUCAGUAAUGUAAACAAACACCCAUCCUCCCUUUGUCAUCCAUGCCCAUUGUCACAGGGUGCUGGUGACCUUUUCUCCUCUCAUGUCUUGGGCCUCUCCCCCCGUCUCCUUUUCACUGUCGAACCCAAGCUGUUCCCUGGUCCCCCCGGGCCACGCCCUCUCUUGUCUCCCCCUCUCUCCCACCCCUCCCCGCUCUCCCAUCGCUCUUCUUUCCUCCCCUUCUCCCCACCUGUUGACGCAAUUGUUGCACGGGCCGCAUUGUUGCUCCUACUAUUCUAUGUCACUCACACUCCGUCGCCGCCCCCUUCGCGGUCCAGCCACGCCCCCUCUCUCUCUCUCUGUCUGCCUGUCUCUCGCUCUCUUCCCACUCUGGGUAUAAAAGACCGCCCAGGGAAAGUUGAGCCGCUAGAUUCACACGCAACAAGGACCAUCACGGAGAGUGAGGCAAAGAAGAGGAGAGCUCCCAGGACAAGGAACCAAAGCCAGGAACAAAGACUUUAAGAGGCCCCUAUCGCUGGCCAGGCUUGGAUCUCCACCCGUCCGUGACACAGAGUACCCCCAGCCGGACUGACACCACCUCCUAGACCCACCGGACUCCGUAGACCGCCUCGCUCUCUGUCCCCUCGUACCCUCACCCGGACCCGACACUGCCGCCCUGCCCUGAAUCACCGGGCUGCGUUCAACCUCUGGUCCGACCUUCAGCGAAGAGAGACCGAGAGCCUUGGGGGGGAUUUGAGGCGCGGAGGCACCAUGUCUGACCUGUCUCUGUGGUGCGAGGAGGUGGAGAAGGUGGAGGAGGUGGAGCAGGCGGAGGAGGAGGACCAGCGGGAGGUGGAGCAGACGGCGGUGACGGCGGUGACGGAGGCGACGGAGGAGGGGUUCCAGGGCCAGACCCCGGGGCCGUCGCAGGUGCGGGCCGCGUGGGACCCGGCGGUGGCGGGGCAGCGUGUGAUCCAGAGGCUGCUGCAGGUGGAGGAGCGCUACACCCCCUCCGCCCUCUACAUCGCCCUGGCCCAGCGGGACCCGCAGCGGCGGGAGGAGCUCGCCAAGUGGGCCCUGGAGGUGUGCUGUGAGUGUGGCUGUGACGAGGGUGUGUUCCCCCUCGCCGUCUCCCUGAUGGACCGGUUCCUCUCCUCCUCGCUGUCGCUGCCCGUCUCGCCGUACUGCCUGGUUGCCGCCUGCGUCCUCAUCGCCUCAAAGCUCAGCGAGGUGGACAACGUCUCCGCCGACACGCUGUGCGCCGCGGCCGAGUACAGCUUCCAGGCGUCCAAUCUGAGGGAGAUGGAGCGGGUGGUGCUGGGCACCCUGCGCUGGGACACGGCCUCCGUCACCCCCCAGGACUUCCUGCCCCUCCUCCUGGCCCCCGUGGGCUCCCGGAUGGAGGGGGCCCCCGACCGGGCGGAGCUGCUGACCACCAUGCGUCGCCACGGCGACACGCUGGUGGCCAUGUGCGUGUGCGACUCCCGCUUCCUGGGCGCGCCCCCCUCCCUGGUGGCGGCGGCGGCGCUCAACUCGGCCCUCAGGGGCCUCAGCGGCCGGGGCCCCGCCCAGCUGGCCGCCCUCGGAGAGCUGCUGGCCGCGCUCUGCCAGACGGACACGACGGUGCUCCAGUGCUACAGCGAGAUGGUGGAGUUCGCCCUGAGGCAGCGGCUGAGAGCCGGACUGCAGGAGGAGCCGAUGGGGAAGGAGGUGGAGGAGGAUGAGGAGGAGGACCAGAGGGCCGGAACCCCCACCGACAUGAGGGACGUCGACUUCUGAACGGCUUGAGCCAUACCAAGUGUGAUCAAUCUACAGGAAACAGUCGUAUUGGCCAUCAGUGAAACUGACGAGAGAGAUUAUGAUUGUGAAAAUGUGCCACACUUUUUUUUGAUACUCUGAGAUUAUUUUAUUGAUCUAUUCUUAAUUUAUUUCUAAUUUAUUUGUUUGUUUGUUAACGUUUUACGAUAACUUGUUGUCUGCCAUAUUAUUAUUAUUAUUAUUAUUAUUAUUACUGUUAUUAUAAUUAUUAUUAUGUAUUUUGUUAUCCUCAAUUGUUAUUUUAUUCUAGGUUGCUGUUUAAUAUUUAUUUACUAUUUAUUUAUCGUGUGUUGUUUUAUGAUUUAUUUAUUAUGAUUAACUUUAACGUGAUGCUACGAUGUACUGGACAAAAUAUACAACACCUCUAUUUUUAAAAUGAAUUAAAGAAACUUUUAUACAUUU